AUGGCCGUCAACAAACGUGAUGUGGCGACUACGUUGAACUACUGGGACGACCCGGGAGAUGGCUCCAAGCCGACGCCCAUCUACAUUGGCAAGGGGAGAAUCAGCAACAAACGGCCACACAAGGCGUGGGAUUUUGUGGUUUCUGACAUCAGCGGGGACGAGGACCAAUACACGCUCGACGGCCACGGAUUCCAAUACUGCCGCCACAGGAGCCGGGAGGAGGCCUUUACCGACGAGCGGCAGAUCCAGUCCGUCUACUACGACGAGUGCGAGCAGCUCGUCAAAAGCAUCACAGGGGCCCGCGCCGUUCACAUCUUCAACCACAAGGUGCGGCGCGGUCCGACUCAGUGGCACCAUCUCGGCCUGCACAACCUGGCCAGCCGCGGGCCCGUGACCAGAACGCACGUCGACCAGUCGUACGAGGGUGCCGAGCGGCGGCUGCGCUGGGAAUUCCCCACCGAGGCGGACGAGCUGAUCAAGCGGCGGUACCAGAUCAUCAACGUUUGGCGGCCGAUCCAGCCCAUCCUCAAGGACCCCAUCGCCGUGGCCGACGCCGGGUCCGUGGCCGAUUCCCAUCUCGUGGGGGCCGAGAUGACCGAGGAUGACUUUGUCGGUGAAUCGUGGGUUGUGCGCCACAGCCCGGACCACCGCUGGUUUUACAAGCACGGCAUGACGCCCCAGGACGUGUUGCUCAUCAAGUGCUUCGACUCGGACGGCGCCGUCGCCCGCCGGUCGCUGCACUCUGCCUUUGAAGACCCCGCCUACCGAGCGUGCGAGUCUCGGCAGAGCAUCGAGGUUAGAUGCCUAGUCUGCUACUAG